AUGACUUUCAAAUCUAAAAAUGAAAUAGCACCAGAACUACUUACAUCCUCAACUUCAUCAAUCAUACUUCGAUGUCCGUUUCCUAGUUGCCAUGCUCGCAUCAUCGCUUAUUCCGCCACCGCCACACCAUCAGUUGAUAUCGACCAUGCGCCUCUUUGCGCUUCUAUAGAAUCAUACCAUUCUCAAAAAUCAGAUCCUAAACUAAGCUCUUCAACAACUGCAUUCUACAGCAUUGGUGAUGUAUGGGAUUUCGAUAAUAUAGGUGUCAGCAAACCUUCGGAAGUGCUCCCCGAUCCAAUUGUAGUUGGUGCCAACGGUCAUGAAGAUGAAAGCGAAAAGGUUGAUGUGGAGCGAUUAUUAAUUUGCAGUGAAUGCGAUCGUGGGCCUUUAGGGUUUGCUGGUAUUGCCAUUGGUGAAGACAAGACUCACCUCAAUCUUAAGUACUUUUUGAGCCAGAAUAGUGUUUUGUAUGACGUUGGGAAUUAG